AUGGACUACCUACAGGAUCUCUUUCCCCAAGCCGCCCGAUUCUACAAUGACUACUAUUACCCUUUCCAAACCUAUCUCGUCCCCCUCUACCGCAUCCUUCUCAGCUCCCAGUUGUUCUUCUAUCGCCGGAUCUAUCCCACCCUCUAUCCCAUCUACGUCCUCUCCAAUAAUGCGCUUCAUUCACUCUCAACGGAUGCCCCCGACAUUCUCACUCUUGCUAUCCUCGCCAUCGCCCUCAUCAUAUCUCUCCGAGUUCUCGAUUACAUGCGAAGAACUAUCAUGUAUUGGGUUGGCCUAGCUAUCAAAAUGGGAUUGUGGUUGGCUGUUGGAGGGUUGGGGGUGUAUGUAUGGCAGAGAGGUUUUAACCAAAGUGUGGAGGACUUUGGCUACGUUUGGGGCUUCCUGCACGGGUUAGGGAACGAGGGCGAGAGGAUUGGAGGACAGAAAGCAAGAGGCAGGGAGAGGGAUGCAAGGAGAAUGGCAGGUGCGGGCAAGAGAGGAAGGACCAGGGGAGCGGGCUGGUGA